CUAUUGGGCAAUCAUUAAUCGGAUUCUUGACAUUCCUGGGUCCAGUUGGCCUGAGAAGCAUGUUCCCUGGAGGUGGAGGAGGAGGAGGAGGAGGAGGAGGAGGAGGAGGAGGAGGAGGAGGAGGAGCAGAGGCCCCGGACUGGCAUUUCACCAUGCAGCUGAGCACGGACAAGGUGGUGCUGUCCGCGGCAGCCCUGCUGCUGGCCACCGCAGCCUACCGGCUGUACAAGUCCAGGCCUGCCCGGGCCUCGCUGCAAGGCGGGCCCAGCCAAGCCCCUGCUGAAGAGGAAGCAGAGGGUUUGGGGCAGUCUGCCACCCCAGGAGCUGCCCCCCGGGCCUCCUUCUGGGGGCUGAGACGUCGCAAGGGCAGCCAGGGGGCCGGAGCACCUCCAGGCUGCAUCGAGGAGGAGCCGGGGGGCACCCGGGGUCUGGAGAAGGGCGCCUCUGCCAGAGACGAGAAGCCCAAGAGAAGAGAUGCCGAGACACAGCCGAGCGGGCAGUGCCCAGACACGGGCCUGGCGCCUCCUCUCGGCAGGGCCCAGGAAGCAGGAGUAGCAGCUGGCGGUAAGCCCAAGCUUCCCCGACACCCCCACCUGGGCAGUGAACCCAAACGCUCCCCGACCAGCCUCCAGGCAGCGGGCAGCAGUGACGUGGACGUGGCCCCGGUCCCAGGGCCAGAUGGCAGUGCCCCGAGCCAGCCAGAGGUGGGGGAGCAAGCAUCCCCCCAACAGCCCCCAUCGACCCCCGCAGAAGAUGCUGGUGACAUGAACCCUGUCUUCGCAGGAACCACCAGGGUCUUCAAGGAAGAGGCAGGAGCCCUCCAGACCUCCGGCCUGGCGCUUCCUCAGCAGGAUGGAGCCACCAACGCCUCCUACAGCUUCUCGUCCAUGGCCCGGGUCCGAGUGGAGGAGAACUUCCUCCAGGAGAAGGCAGAGGGCAGCCGGCCCCGGCUGAAGGGCAAGGUGUAUGACUACUAUGUCGAGUCCACGUCCCAGGCGACUUCGGGACUGGCCUUCGAGCCAGAGGCCCUGGCAGAGGCACCCGGCCCUGUGCCAAGUCCCCAGGCCCCGGAGGCAGCCAAGAAAGGCCAGGUCAGUGCUACUGGAGGUGGGGCCCCGGCGGCCGCCGACUCCCCGCGAAGCAUGGGCAGGAAGGACAGCCUCCUCCAGAUUGUGGAGAACCCAGAGUUACAGUUGCAGCUGGACGGCUUUGGGGCGCCCGUGCCUUCCUCCCCAGACCUACCCGCCCAGCCCGGCCUCCCCGGAUCCUCAGAGUCACUGGAGUCCGGGGCGGCCAGUGGCUGCGAGGAGCCACGCGUGCAGCUGGUGGCCAGGAGCAAUUUCUUCCACCUGCCUCACCCCACCGGUCUGGCCUCGGAGGUGCACCUGGAUCUGGGCAACUGCUGGGACGUGCUGACCUUGGCCAAGAAGCAGAACCUGGAGGCCCUGAAGGAGGCGGCCUACAAGGUGAUGAGCGACAACUACCUCCAGGUCCUGCGCUGCCCCGACAUCUACGGCCGCCUGAGUGAGCCGGAGCGGGACCUCAUCCUCCAGCGACGGCUGCGCGGCCACCCAUGCCUGGUGGUGGCCGACGUGUGUCCGCAGGAGGACUCGGGGCGCCUCUGUUGCUAUGACGAUGAGCAGGAUGGCUGGCACCCGCUGGCCCAUCUGCCCCCAGAGGCCGUGUCCCAAGGCUGCGCCUUCUGCAGCCUCUUCAACUACCUCUUUGUGGUCUCCGGCCGCCAGGGGUCCGGCCAGCGGCCCUCCAACCGCGUCUUCUGCUACAACCCACUGACGGGCAUCUGGAGCGAGGCCAGCCCGCUGAACCAGGCCCGGCCGCACUGCCGCCUGGUGGCCCUGGACGGUUGCCUGUACGCCAUCGGGGGCGAGUCUCUGAACACGGUGGAGCGCUAUGACCCGCGCCUGGACCGCUGGACGCUGGUGGCGCCGCUGCCCAGCGACACCUUCACCCUGGCACACACGGCCACUGCAGGCGCAGGGGAGGUCUUUGUCACAGGGGGCAGCCUCCGCUAUCUGCUGCUCCGCUUCUCCGUCCAGGAGCAGCAGUGGCGGGCAGGCCCCACGGCGGGUGGCAAGGACCGCACGGCUGAGAUGGUGGCAGUGGACGGCUUCCUCUACCGCUUCGACCUCAACCGCAGCCUGGGCAUCAGCGUGCACCGCUGCAGCCCCAGCGCCGGCCUGUGGUAUGAGUGUGCCACCUACCGGACCCCUUACCCGGACGCCUUCCAGUGCGCCGUGGUGGACAGCCUCAUCUACUGCGUAGGCCGCCGGCACACCCUGUGCUUCCUGGCCGACCACGUCUCGCCCAGGUUUGUGCCCAAGGAGCUGCGGGGCUUCCCCUCCCCGCGGGGCACCCUCCUGCCGACCGCCCUGACCUUGCCUGGCCCCGACGUGCCCCACACCCGGGUCUAGUGCCUCCUGGUGUGGGACUCCUCCUGCAGAAGCGGGGGCCCUCUGCCCACGGCCACCUGGGCUGCAGCUGAGCCAGGUGUGGGGCUGGAAGGGGCGGGUGUGAGUCCUGCCCUGGCCACAGCCCUUCGGUGGGAUACAGAAGUCCAGUGUGACCAUGGUCCUAGGGGCUGCGUGCAGAGCCCACGGGCACUCCACCUAGCUUCUUAGCCGAACUAGGGGAGAGGGUGGAGGCCCCCAUCAGGGCUUGGGACAUAGCCUUGCCACAGCCACAUUCCAGGUGCUGACUGAUGCCCAGUGGCCAGCUCUCUCGAAGCUACCAGGACCCCUUCCCAAAUGUUAGCCACCGAGAGCCUCCCUUGGCGGUUCCCAGAAGCCCCCCCUGCUGCACGCUGGCAGGGGAAGUGGAAGGAAGUGGACAGCUUGAAUUGAAAGGGAGCCCGCAGGGUCCCUGCGUUCCCCCCGGAGGGAGAGAUGGCGGGAGCAGGAGAGAGUUAAGUCGAGACUGCCCCGGGGGACUCUAGUCUGCAGAGUAAAAGCCCACUUGGCUCUUUCUCGUGACCUGGAGGCCAAGAGUGGGGGAAGCAAGCGGCGCCACCGCUUUUUAACAUCCAUUUGGAAAACAGCCGGCAGUGCGGUCUAUACUAAGAACACAACCGAUUCUGCCGAUGAGGUCCAGGAGACCCUUCACAGUGCAGUUCUCCUAGCUGCUGGCCGUCAGCCCCUCACCAGGCAGAGCUGGAGGGAGACUGAGAACAUAACUGGGCUCAUGCGACAGGAGACACCCAGGAGGGACAGGGCCAUGCGAGGGGAGGAACUUCAGGAGCUUCUAGUGGGCCAGGGACGUCUGGGCUCUCCCCCCCUGCAACAGAUUUGGUAAAUUCUCAAAGGAACAAAGAACUCCAACAUUGGGAAGUUCCAGCUCACCUGGAGAAAAGGGACGUGGGACAGGGGAAGAUAGGGGUAAGGCAAAGAGGAAAGCAGGGGUGCUCAGGGGUCUAGUGAGAGCCGGGGGUGCUGCUUCUAAAGAGCCGAGCUGCAUGCAGACAGUAGGUGGUCCUAGAGGCGGCCCCAAGCACAAGAUGAGGCUUUGGACUCAGCCCCGCUGUCCCGAAAGGGCCGAGAAUCAUGUGUGGUCUCUAUCUUGUGGGUGAAUGAGAGCAACUAGAGAAAUUCCCUCUCUCGGUGCAGGGGGAGAGUGUGCUCCCCCACAUCUGCUCGUGCAAAGGCUGGGGGUCACUUAGGAAGAGGCAAGACUGAACGGAAGAACGGGAAGCAGGUGGGCAUGGAGAUGAGACUCUUUCCCGGGUGGCACGGGGGGGCCCCAUUGCCUUUCUCAUGCUGGGUCUGUUCCUAAGCUGGAGGUGGCCGAGACUGACACUGCCUGUGGGAGACAGACCCUGCAUGCCCCACCCAGGCCCUGCUCAGGCUCAGCUCCCAGGCAGGACCCUCUGAGGAGCCAUGGCGGGGGACUGGGGUGCAGAGACUCCCCCUCCUUGGCCUGCAGGCAGCAUUGGCAUAAGGACAGCAGCCGAGCGGGGAGAGGAGAACCCCACUUGGUUGUUGGAGGGGUGGCAGGUGAAUCCAGUUCCAGACUCCUGGCUGGGGGGGAGGGGCCGAUGAAGCACAGGGGAGGGAACAAGACCACACCCCAGCUGGGUCCAGUGUCUAUCCAGCUGCUGGCACGUGUCCUAGGGAAUGAGGGGUCACUCUGGGAACCCUCUCGGAAUCCUGCUACAAACCUGUCACAGGAACUGGGCAAAGAGGUUGUAGGGCAUAACGCUUGAUCCCGGGGUGGUGGCUGUGGUGAGCAGGCUGAGAGGGACAACCGAGGGGUGGGCCUACGGCUCCGAGGCAGACCUCACCAAUCGAUCCUCCAUCCUCUGUCUAGCUCUGCUGAGCCCUUACACUCAGCGCUGCCUUAGCUAGCCGUUCACCGGUAGAUAGGAGCUGUUUCUCAGCUGGGUCUCUGGAGCUGGGUUUAGGGGGCUGGGAAGGGUCCAGGCUAUUAUGGGCCGGGAAGGCAGCUCUCAGGGGCAGCCAAGACCACCCGGCCCAGCAGUCAGAGCUCAUUUCCAGAUGAGUAGCCAGCCACCGUUUUCCAGGUGCUGGACUGGCAGCCCGACCUUGCCCUAGAGGAGAAAGACAGGCAAUUAUAAACAAACACACAAACAAAUGAAAAGAACCAAGACCUCCCGUAGGGCCCUGAGGAAAGCUCCUAUCUAACGGUGAACGUGAAUGGCCAGCACAUCAUCAGAAAGGAGACUCUAGCAGAGGCCUGCACGGACCUUGGUUCAUAAGGAGAUCAGAAAGGCCAACCUUGCCCCCCCCCCCGAAGCACUGUGCCACGCCAGGGGCCGGGCAGGGGUGGGAAAUGGGGCGCAGGACUCUGCCAAGUGACUGCCUGGCAGUGAGCUCAGAGGCCAGGAGUCCAGUUGUUCCGCAAUAGCCUUUCAAAGGGAAGGACACCCAUUCCACCACAUUUGUCCCAGAGGUUCCUUGGACGUUGAGUAGCUUCACCCCCAUCUGCACAUUGAGGGCUGAGGGUCGCCGCAUUUUCAGGCUAUCCCAGAGGCCUGAGUGUGUGGUGGAGGCCACCUGCCAUGGCCCUGGAUGAGUUGCUAGUCCUGAAUUUCCACUUGACCUUGCUGAGCAGUCUGGUUGACUUUUAGCCACUCGCCUCUCAGUGACCUGAGUGUCACUUGGCUUCGGCCUGGGUUGUCAACCCUGCUUUCCCAAUAAAAACACUUUCUGCUUCAGGCGUUAAAAAAAUAAAUAAAUAAACCUUGGCAUUGGGUUGCUUUCCAUGCUAAGGCCAGCUAUGCCAUAGAGUGGGGGGAAAAAUUAGAAAAUGGAGAUGAGUAUGAAACCAAAAAAUCUCCUGAAUUUCACCACCCGGAGACAGCCCCCGCUGCGGUGCAAGUCCCUCCGUCUGUUUCCCUCCAUGUAUAAUUCGUGUUUGGCUUGAUUUUCGCGUAGGUGUGAUUAUGCUGAAUAUACAGUUCCGUCGCUUCCUCUUUUCACUUAGCUGUUGAGAAUAAGCGUUUUCCCGUGUUAUUACAAACCCUCGGUAAACAUCAUUUCAAUACUUGCACAAUAUUCCAUCCAGUGGAAGGGACCGUGGUUUAUUUAAACACCCCCUCCUGUCGAGCCGGUAGAUAUAUUUUUUUUUCUGUUGGCUUCUUUUUCUUUCAUAAAUAAAACGUCCUUUGUUUCUCUGUG